UAUUACCACCUAAUAAGCACAGUGACAGAGGGACCCCAGGCUUUUUUUCCGCUUUUGCCCUCAUGCCGACAGCAGUGGCAGCUAAAAACAUCGUGCUAGCAUCAGAAAAACAUGAUUUUAUUCUCAACGGGUCUAAACUUCGACUGCAGGUUGAGAAGGGCAACAUUUUAAUGACGCCGCUUGAGUUUUAUAAGUCUCUGAUGAAACGGCUAUGCUAUCAGCAAGUGACUGACAAUGGAGCACGAAUAAUCUACAUCAGGAACAUCUCGCCAGGCGAGUCCCGGGAUCUCAGAGAAGCUUUGGAAAAAAUGGAUUGUGUAAGAAACUACCUGCUUCUUCUCAACAAGGUGUUUAUCGAAUUUCAGUCUCUUCGUGAUGCUGAUCGCCUUGGCGUUUGGUACAGCCUUCUAAAACGGGCCACCGGCCACAAAUUGUCAAGGCUGAAAAUACCACACGGUGGAUGUACCUCACUGCCACCAAGAUUGCCAGACAAAGCUUUGCCAGACAGCGAGGUUGCUGUUGAUGGUGCAACUGUCCCAACAGAAGAUAUUACCGUCCCACAACGCAGCACUUCACCAUAUUGGAUCACAAUGACAACUAGUCCCUUUGUGUUCCCCACUGUCUCUCCUUGGUUCACAAUCCCAGAGUAUUUAACUGUCAGUGAACCUGAUGACAUUGAGAAAGCCCAAUCUCAAGGUUCUACGUUCUCCACGAUCAUGUUGACCGGUUUGCCAGAAGGAAACUACAGACAGGAGGAUGUCACCAAGCUGGUGUGGCGUUACUUCCCUGAUCAGACGGUUCAGACUCUGUACUACAACAUAAUCGUUUUAUCACUGCAGAGGAGGGCCUUUGUGUUUUUUAACAGCUGGGAUACGUGCUGCGAUUUCGCCAGAGAUUACCUCAAAAAUCCAGUUACUGUUGGAGAGUGGACGCUCAGAAUCCACAUUGUUUUACAAGACAUGCUUCCUGGUUCAAGUGAGGAGAGCAUGUAUAGAAGCAUGAUGAAAUGGAGCAACACUCAUGUUCCAGAGUCUGAGGCUCUGGAGGACCGGCUGCUGAGUGUGGAGGUCUCCGAGGUGAAUGUGGACCUUCUCAUGAUGAUCAUGGACGCGGUGGCGUCCAUUGCUGCUUUUGUCAGAUUCUUGCCGCUUGCCAACAGGAUAUGCAUUGAGAUGGCCGAACCUGGUGGAUUAACACAGGUGAUGGAGAGCAAUGUCACCAAGGACUAUUUAUCUUCUUGGAGUAAAGCUGGACGUAUUGAGUCUUUGAAGAGCCUGAAACAGCGUCUGCAAGACUCUGGUGAGAACAAAGUUCACCUCAAAAUGAAAACCAAGAAGACCGCAGAAUCGACAGAUGCAGUGACCAAAGGUGACUGCCAGGCGGAGAGCCAGAGGACCGAGGAGGAAGCAGUGACCCAGCCCGAUGCUGCAGCCGCCCCUGCUGGACGGCAGCCAGAGCCCAAGUGUCCUGAUGACGAGACACAGGAGGGAGAGGAGAAGGAUGGAUGGAGCAUGGCCGACAUUAAAGUUGUGGGAAAACGCAGGAGGGAGCUUGUCGGACCUGAGGCAAAGCGAUCUCGCGCUCAGUCUCCGUGUGUUGUAGCAGAUUUCAGACUGCCUCAGUUCAACCCUAACAGCCCCAUCGGUCAGGAGUUUGUGGUCCCUAAAUCAGGAUUUUUCUGUAACAUCUGCUCUGUUUUCUGCCUGAAUGAGAAGACCGCCAAGGAACUCCACUGCUGCAGCCAGAAACACUACGACAACCUGCAGAAGUAUUAUGAGGAACGUCGACAAAGAGCUACAAAGACUUUGUCUCACACGUCUCCAGGCUCCGUUUCUGACUGAUGGACCUGAUCUACUGGAGAACAAGCCAUUGUUAUUGAUCCUACUAGUUCAGAAACUAAACUAAUCGCCUUCUGGCACCUUUUGUUGUAAGUUAUAUAUGUCUUCUUUGAUGAAUUGUCUCCCAGCCUUUCAGUUAGUGCUUCUGUUUUUGUUUGUACAGGCCGAUGGAGAGCACCGUUUUGAUCUUGUUACUAUUUUAUCUUUUAUGUGAAAAUAUUAUUGAGAAAUUGUCCCUAUUAAUUUAGUUAACAUCAGGAGGUACCUGACAGCUGUUAACAGUUUACUAAAUCUUGUUUUUUUUUUUUUUGCUCAUUUAGAUCUUUGGCUUCAGUUUCUUUAAGUGUCCAAAAUGUGUUUGCUGCUGUUCUGUUAAACAUGAAAUAAAACCUGUCACAUGUGUGUCAUACA